UGGACCCUAAACCCCGUCCCGGGUCAACGAAAGGCCCCUUCCCCCCCAGCAUCCGAGAGUCCAUGACGGGAGCUGACGCGGAGCUAGUACGAGAACGGCAUGUGAUUCGAGCUUAAAGGCAGAAGAACCCAUUCUAGUCCUACCUACCGUCCAAGUAGCAGCCAUCGCGCAUCGCGUAUCGAAGCGACCUUCAGGCCCCUCCACUAAGCUGCAGGAAAGCCAAGACUUGAGAGGAACCAACAGCAGGCAAGCGCAUUGUCAUCACUCCUCCCCACCAACCAGGUACCUCCUCGUAUUUUGUCAAGGCCAUUACUUCUUCUCCACGCAUCUCCAUCGACGACCACGACGACCACGAACACGACCUCGGGAGGCACGUGCUUGUCGCUGUUAUUAUCAAGAGAGUUGCUACCCCGGAGACUAUCUGAGAGCAUUUGUCCCCAGAUUAUUCCCAAAUAUUGGACCUCCGUCGACUGUCCUCCUUCACCAACAUUCGACCCAUUUUACCAGUUAUCGAAGCUCAAUCUCAGGUAAACCAUUCCUAACCCGGGUAUUUCCUGUCGCCUCUUGUCUCGUCUCAUCCCAUCUCCGUCGCCAUCGUCUCGCCUUCUCUCCGACACCCACGCCCACGGUCCCUGCGCAAACCGCAACAGCAUCACUCCUCCGCUUGGCUGUCGUCGUUGGAUGCUGGGUGCCGGGUGCCGGGUAUGCAUGUGCUGGCGAUGCUUCGGUUCCAUAUUUGCAAACCCCUCCCGUACACCCCGUACACAUGAAACCAAACGAACCCGGCUGCCACCCCCAGCCCACGCGGCAUCAACCAUCAUCCAUCAAACCUACCCUCGCCUUGCCCCCCCUCGACUCGCACGCGUUGUCCAUUUCUAAUUGAGCUUAAAUUCAAAACCCAAGAUGGCAUGAAAGCCUUGCUCGUCCUUACAUUACCUAAAACGACCCUUACCUCGAGCUUAACCAACUAACUCUUGGGAAACAACGAUUUAGUUUUUGUUUGUCGAGUUGCUAUCGUCUGCCGUCAGCCGAGCAUCGUUACUUACUCCCGUCCCACACAGAGAGGAACGCCAACGCGCCGCGCACACUUGGAGACAUUGUCGUCACGUCGUAACUGUUAUCAUCGGUUGAGCGUCAGGUGUGAAAUCAGCUCAAGCUCUCGGUCAUCACCCCGACUGGACAGUGCGACACUCUUCUAUCCUCCAUUGUUUGCGCGUCUUCAUCACCAUCCUCAUCAUCGUCACCGUCCUCAUAACAUCUUACUCGGCGCCGGAGCAGCUUUUCCCCCCCCCUCCUCAUCACAGAGCAAGAACAAGAACAAGAAUAACCCUUCUCUGCCGAAGAACACAACGAAGUUACCCACGCGCUGCACCACCGACUAGAGGCGAAUUCACACAAUGGCGCCUCCCCCGUGGCGCGGAGCGCUCAUCACCUCAGCUGCCGUCACCGUGUUCCUGGCUUUGCGCCAGCCCGUCUUGUCGAGAUGUAACAUCUUCUGCACCUUCGCCGGCGCCUACGUGCUCCAAAUGGUCGCAUGGGGCAUCUUCGUCGUACUCCUGUUCCCCCAGUACCUCUCCAGCCUCCGCUCCAUCCCCGGGCCUAAGGACGACCACUGGUUGAUGGGACAGUACCCGAGAAUCAUCCGCGAGCCCACAGGCGUGCCCAUGAUGGAAUGGGUCAACACCAUCCCCCACGAAGGCAUCAUCCGCUACCGCGGCUUGUUCAACCAGGAGCGUCUCUUGAUCACGUCGCCCAAGGCCUUGGCUGAGGUGCUCGUCACACGCAACUACGACUUCCACAAGCCCAGCGCCGUCCGCUCCUCCAUCGGCCGCAUCCUCGGCGUCGGCGUGCUACUGGCCGAGGGCGACGAGCACAAGUUCCAGCGCAAGAACCUAAUGCCGGCCUUCGCCUUCCGCCACGUCAAGGACCUGUACCCUCUCUUCUGGAGCAAGGCCUGCGAGGGCGUCCAGGCCAUCACCGACGCCGUUCACGCCGAUGCCGCCAAAGGCCCGCCGGAAGGGCUUACCGAAACCGAGAAGGCCGCCAUGGGCCCUAACGUCGCCGUCCUCGAGAUCGGUAACUGGGCCUCGCGCACCACCCUCGAUAUCAUAGGCAUGGCCGGCAUGGGCCGCGACUUUGGCGCCAUCCGCGACCCUUCCAACCCGCUGGCCCAGACUUACCAGCAUGUCUUCAAGCCGAGCCGCCAGGCCCAGAUCCUCGCCGUCCUCGGCAUGUUCCUGCCGGGGCCACUCGUCCACCACCUGCCCUUCUCGCGCAACGGCGACAUCGCAAAGGCGGCCAACACCAUCCGCGCCACCUGCCGCGAGCUCAUCCGCGAGAAGCAGGACAAGCUGCGCCACAAGAAGCUCACGGAUGUCGAUAUCCUCUCCGUCGCCCUCGAGUCCGGCUGCUUCACCGAGGACAACCUCGUCGACCAGAUGAUGACAUUCCUCGCCGCCGGCCACGAGACCACCGCCUCGGCCAUGAUGUGGGCCAUCUACUGCCUCUGUCUCCACCCGGACGUCCAGUCACGCCUGCGCCGUGAGGUCCACGACCGCCUCCCGGCCCCCGGAACCCCGGGCGACAUCACCGCCCUCGACAUCGACCACAUGCCCUACCUCAACGCCGUCUGCAACGAGGUGCUCCGCUACUACUCCCCCGUGCCCAUGACCCUGCGCGAGGCCGUCGUCGACACCGUCAUCGACGGCCACAAGGUGCCCAAGGGCACCCGCAUCAUGCUCUGCCCCUGGGCCAUCAACAAGGACACGGCCUUGUGGGGCCCGGACGCCGGCCGCUUCGACCCGGAGCGCUGGCUAGUCCGUAGUGACGGCAGCGGCGGCGAUAACAACGCCGAGAGCAAGAAGACGGCGGCCAGCGGCGGCGCCACGAGCAACUACGCCUUCAUGACGUUCCUGCACGGUCCGCGGAGCUGCAUUGGACAGGGCUUCGCAAAGGCCGAGUUCGCCUGCAUCCUCGCCUCCUGGAUCGGCCGCUUCGAGUUCAGCCUGCGAAACAAGGAAGAGUACGAUGAGAAGAACAUGUCCAUCAAGGGCGGCGUGACGGCGCGGCCGUCAAAGGGCCUGCACGUGUACGUCAAGGUCGUCGACGGGUGGUGAUGGGAAAGGAGUAGGUGUUCUUUUGUGUCUGCGUGGUCUGCGGAUGUGUUUGUUGUGCUGUAAGGUAAUGAAACGGACGCGUGACGCAGCAUAUGGCUUGACUAGGCUAGGUUACCUGGGUCGAAGAGGGGGGGAUAUAUACUUGGACAUGGGAAAACAUGAACGCACGGCGCGAAUUGGACUUUCGGCGGGGAGGUUUUCCCUGGCUGGUAUUGGGUGCUUUCUCGGAAGGGAAGGGUAGAUGACAGUGCUGGAUCCUAUCAGUAACAUGUACGCCGUAUAAAAUACAACCCGUCCUCUG